CCGCCCAGUCGCCGGCCGCCCGCCCUGCAUCGCACGCGCAUCACGUAUAAAAACAGGACUCUAAUUGGAUUCGAACGUUGAGACUUAUGGAAGCAACGUGACAACUAUCAAAAAUGUCAUUUAGAAAUUACUAUGAUUCAUCGUCUUCGUACAGUAGGAAUCGAGAUACGGCCAGAACAGCCAGUGUAUCUACAGACCGACCAGCAACCGUCACAGCCAAAUACACAACGACACCUUCUUACAAGUCUUCUAGUAUCCCUAUACUCAAUGAUCGCUCAGCACGCGAAGAAACACCGAUAUCCACAAUCGCCAACCGAUAUGCAAGCUACAGCAAAACUGCGACACCAGAGAAAACGACGUCUAAAUACGAAAAGAAAGAUUAUUCUAAGCUUUCUGUUCCAUCAGUUUCAGCAAAUGUGAACCGAAGUAGAGAUGUUAGCCCCGUAUCAACGACUUCCAAAUACAGUAUCAGUCGAGCUUCACGACAUACCAGUCCUGAAAGAAAAACGGCGAAAAAUUACAAAGAAAAAAGCCAAAGCGUAAGUACUGCUGAUCGCGACAAAGACAUUCCAAAUAAGACUGAUAAGUCUACUAAUUACAGUAGUCUAUCGAAUUAUAAACUUUAUCCGCGAACACCGAGUUACUCGAGACCAUCUUCUAGAGUUGACAGUAAACCAGAAGUUACGGUAAACCGAUAUGCUAUAGCCAAUCGCUUGUCGUCAUCGACCUACUUAAGAAGUCCGACUCCUGUUAAGAGGCCUUCACUGUCUCCUGUCAGUCACUUUGAAGUAAAUAAAAAUGAUCAUGACAAAACGACGAUAUCGAGUUGUGUUACAGAAGAAAUAAAUGAAAAUCGAAAAGAACAUAGUAAAGGAUGUAAUCAAAAUGGCACGGAACUUAUUGUUGAAGAAAACGAUGAAAUUGAAACAAUUUCGGUUAUAACACGACAUACUUCACCUACACCGCCAGGUUCGUCAGCUUAUGUGAGGAUGAGACGAGCAGACAUGGCUAAAACUAUUGAAAAAAUUACAACUCGUUUAAAAAAAAGGCCUCAAAUGGUAGAUAAAGAAAUUCAAUCGGAUAAGCUCGAUGAUCCAACUCGGACGAGCAGAUAUGCUAGUACAAGUAGAACUAGCAUGACUAAUUGGACAUAUUAUUCUCCAAAUGUCAACAGUUACACUGGUUAUGCGGGGAGAUAUUCAACACAGUACUCAAAUUUGCGAGAAAAUUGCAAUAAUGAUAGAAGUAGCCGAAGUCGAAGUAAGGAACCUAUAGAAAAUAAAACUAUUACAACUGGUUCAGAGAACAAAGAGAAAGAAACGGCUACGACAAACAAUAAUAUAGAAUACAGCGAAGAAAUUAAUAAUGACCAAAAUAAAGACGGUGCAUCUUCGGAAAUAAUAGUUAAUGUUAAUCUUAAAUUGCAAAAAUCUAUAAGUCCACCACCAAUACCAACAGUUUCUUUAACUGAAUCUUCUCCUGAAGUAUUAAAUACAAACAAUCAUCAUUUACCACCUCAACCUCCAAAAUCAGAAAGUACUGGUAAAAUAAAAAAAAUAAAAAUUCGUAAGUCUAGUACAGACUCUUCUUCCGAUUCAGCGCCCACGAAAAAAGUAGUUAAAAAGAGAAGUAAAUCUGUAAGCUCUACUGACUCUGAACAAAAUGGUGAAAAAACUAAGAAACUAAAAGAUCCCACCAAAAUUCCCUCAAAGAAUAUAAGUAAAACACCCUCUAUUACUAACUUACCCAACGGCUGCUCAAAGUUAAAAAGUCCUAAAUCUAGAGAAAGUAAUAGCCCAGAGUCGAGUAUCACACUAUCGACUCAAUCAUCUAUAAGUGAAGAUGAAACAGUAUUAAAGUUAAAAUCAAGUGAUAGUAUAAAAACAAACAAUGAAAAUUAUUCGCCUAUAGAUCAACCAGUUAAACAAAUACAAUUACAGAAAAAUGAAGGUGCGGAAGAAGCCAAAUCAUUUUUAAUACGAGCAUUAGCUCCCGUCACAAAUCUAUUUAAACUUCGACAUCAAGACAAUAGCGACACAAAUCGCCUUUUGGACAGUUCAAAUGUAGAACCAACGAAUAAAGAUAUAAUAAAUAUUAUUAGUGAAAAUGGAUCACAUAAAACCAAAAACAAUACGAGCAACAUUAUAGCUUCGAAUGAUGACAAUUUAGUGAAGUUGAAAGCGAUAAGACAUAUUGAAUCCGGAGAAAGAGCGUGGUGGUUAGAGUCGGACUCUGAUCAGAAAAAGAGCAAUGAAAAAGAACGGCGACCAGAAACCUCCAAUGAAGAAAAAAUCGAAAGUCAAUUAUUACACCCAAAUACAUCGGAGGCAAAGGAUACGAAGCGGCCAAUCAAAUUAAAUAGUUUUGCGGAUGAUGAGAAGCCUUGGUGGCUAGAUAGUAAUGCAAAUAUACCAGAAGGAAUCGAACGAUUAACUCCACCGAGAAAAUCAUCAAGUGACAGCGACAAAAGUGAUAAAUUUAACUUCUUUAAGAUGCGACAUAUCGAUUCUGGGGAUCGAAAAGAUUGGCGACUAUCUAGUAAUGAAAACAUGCUGAGCAAACAAGAAUCACAAAAUAGCAUAACGUUAAGUAAAUCAGGAUCCGAUCAAAGAAGUUUUCCAAUGAGGCGAAUUCGACACAUCGAAUCUGGUGAACGUCCAUGGUGGCUAUCAAGUGACAAAAACAUUCCGGAGGGUAUUGAAAAAUUACCAACGCCACCUCCACAACAGGAGAGUGACUCCUCAGAUUCGGAAGAAGUCGAGGUUUAUGUACCAUCAAGCCAGAUCCCACCAUUCCCGCUUCAUCUUCCCGAUGACGAGCCACUCGGUGACAGAAGAAGCCCGGAAGGAUUAGAAACUCCGAAUGAGGAUUAUGGAAGAGGCCGCAACUCGCCUUACGAAAAUAAUCGACAGUACAGAAGAGACUCAGCCAAUUUACCGUAUCAAAAAGGCGCUGAGAAAUACAUAUCACGUUAUACGGAUAUCGACGACAUAUUGGGCACUUCGGGCCAGAUUUACAGCCCAUUCAUGGACUCCAUAUUAGCACGCAGAACCGGUCAGAUACCUUUUGACGAUGACGAAUGCGAGGAGAUAGAUCCCACCCAAGUAAGGAUCCACGACAGCACUGCGCAAAUGCCCGUUAUCAAGAAGCUCCGUUGCAGAAGUGAAAUUAUUGACUACCGGGAAGAGGACCAGCUGGACGAUGCAACGCUGCAGGUGUUCAAGGACGGCGACUACGGGCCCUAUUUAGACCUGGAUUCCACUCUCGGGGAACAGGAUGAAGAACUGGAAGGUUUACAAGACAGUCGCAAAAAUGCGCUGGUCCUUCGCACUCAACUGUCGGUCCGCGUGCACGCCAUCAUUGAGAGACUACUACACUCCCAGGGGCGGGAGCUGCGACGGGCCUUGUUCACGCUCAAGCAGAUCCUGCAGUCGGACAAGGACCUGGUGCACGAGUUCGUCGCAAACAAGGGCCUCGACUGCCUCAUGCAAGUCGCCACCAUGGCAGAUCACAACUACCUGGACUACAUUCUCAGAGCUCUCGGCCAGAUCCUUCUUUAUGUCGACGGCAUGCACGGCGUCAUGAGUCACAAGCGUUGCGUCCAGUGGCUAUACUCCCUCAUCUCCAGCAAGUUCAGACAUGUCGUCAAAACUGCUCUCAAACUUCUUCUAGUCUUCGUAGAAUACACGGAGAAAAAUUGUCUCAUCCUCAUUGACGCUAUCACCGCCGUAGAUAGUUCCAACAGCAGACAGCCGUGGUUCAACGUAAUGAAAAUCCUUCAAGACUUCGAUGCAUCCGACACGGAACUCCUUAUUUACGCUACUACGCUGAUUAAUCGAUGCCUCAAUAAUGUGCCUGAUAGAGACAUGUACUACGACCAAGUGGACUCCCUGCAGGACCAGGGAAUCGAUGACAUCAUACAGCUGUACAUGUCCAAACAAGGCACAGACUUAGAUCUCCUAAGGCAAUUGCAAAUAUUCGAAGCUGUGCUUCUGUAUGAAGAUGGUGAUGAAACUGGAACUGCGCUCAAACAACUAGAUGAGUCUGUGAUAACUUCAGUGAGGCGAAGAAGUCUAAACCUGAAACCAUCUGAACGACGAAAGUCCAAGAAACAAGAAGCCAAAGAGAAAGCGAAGCCAGUCCAGGUGGAACCAGACAACAUAAUGAGCACACCGCGACCUCAGUACCUGCCAGCCAUUAUCGAUACCAAGGAAAACAAAGAGUUGAGCUCAGUUCUCAAGAGGCGAAGGGACAGGUACGCAAGACAGGCGCAUCACAUUAUACAACAGCAAGAACUUCUGAAUAACUCGAAUGGAAUUUACAAUGGGCUGUUUGAGAAGAACGACCAGUGGACCCCGAACCGUACCUACAACAAUAACGGAACUUACACAAACACCAAUGGCACUUUCACUAAUUCGAGCGUAAAAUACUCCAUAAACGGCACUGUUAAUGGUACCGUCAUAUACAAUUCCAAUGACGUCAAUGGACAAGAGGAGGAGAUGACUUAUACAAACAGAACCAAACCCAGUUACAUACCGGAAGUUCUGAUGAAUGGAAACCAAAGAUACACAACCGGGUUGAAACAAAGGAUCCAGAAUGGGACUUUGGGUCACAGCGUCAACACAACAGAUAUUCUGUCCACGGUGAGGACCGGACAAGACUUCUCCCCAGACCCAAAAGAUGACAGGGAGAUCCUGCUGAAUCGAGAGCACAGUAUUAAAGACCUUGCUCAGAGGUUGACAAGUCCCCUCACUCCCUCCACGGAAGAGAAGCCUAUAAGGGUCUCCGAAAUGGCAGGAAUCGUAUCGAAAGCCAAAGAAGAAUUAGCCAAAUCAAAAUCUAAAGAAAUGAUAAAAAGUCCAGCCAUAGAGAAAAGUACAAAACUACACGAAAUUAAAGUGUCAGAAAAUGAUUUACACUGGGAAGAGUUGAGAAAGGGCUGCAUCAACAGGGAAUUCCAUUCGUGUGACCUGGAUUUUUCAGAUCUCAGAUACGAUUCAGAUGAGGAGAUGGAGUCACCAACUUCGAAUGCUAUCCCUCCUCCUCCACCUAACCUAUUGCCCCCUCCUCCACCUAACAUGCUCCCGCCAGUAGGCCUUCCCCCACCUCCACCGAACAAUUUCUUCAGCUUACCCAAAAACUUGCCAAGCAUGACAUCACAAUCAGACAUAUUGAACGAUUCCAACAGUUCAACGUUAAAGAAAAACAAAAAGACAGUAAAACUUUUCUGGCGGGAAAUUCAAGAGAACCCCGUGCCACCCCCGGCCAGACCAAAAAUAGGGGGAUUCAUUUGGGACGACCUGCCAGAGGUCAGCUUGGAUACUGCGAUGCUAGAACACCUCUUCGAGUCCAGAACCAACGAUUUAAUAAUCAAGGAAAAACUUAUGGAGCCAAAGAGAAACCUGAUUCUGGACACAAAAAGAUCGAACGCGAUCAGCAUAGCCAUGAAGAAGUUGCCUACACCGCAGACCAUCAAGGUAGCGAUAAUGAAGAUGGACGCGACAGUCAUCGGCCGGGAGGGGAUCGAGAAAUUACUAACGAUGCUCCCCACGCACGAAGAGAAGGUCAAAAUACAAGAGGCACAGUUCGCAAACCCCGAUCUACCUCUGGGCUGUGCGGAACAGUUUCUCCUGACCCUGGCCUCUAUUAAUGAGCUGUCGUCCAGACUUAAGCUUUGGGUCUUUAAGCUGGAUUUUGAUAAUUUAGAGAAAGAAAUAGCAGAACCUCUAAUGGAUCUAAAGCAGGGCAUAGAACUGCUGAAAGCUAAUAAAACAUUUAAAGUAAUCCUUUCAACGCUGAGGUCUGUAGGCAGCUUCUUGAACGGGAAUCAGGUGAAGGGAUUCCGGUUGGAGUAUCUCUCUAAGGUGAUGGAGGUUAAAGACACCGUUCAUAAGCACCCACUACUAUACCAUAUUUGCGAGAUGAUCAUCGAGAAGUUCCCGGACACCACCGACUUCUUUAGUGAGGUCGGUCCUGUUAUACGCGCUUCGAAGGUUGACUUCGAAGUGCUCAGCGCAAAUCUCCUUAAAUUGGAAUCAGACUGCAAAGCUUCCUGGGAUCACAUGAAGAGGGUCGCUAAACAUGAUGGCUCGCAGAUAUUCAAGACCAAGAUCAACGAGUUCCUCACUGAUGCUGCGGAGCGCAUAAUUUUACUCAGCAUCGUAAAGAAGCGGGUCAUGAGCAGAUAUAACAAAUUCCUGCUCUACCUCGGCGUGCCGGUGGGUGACGUCUCCAAGACCAGACCCUCAGAGCUGCUGAAGGUGAUCGCGGAGUUCGCGCUGGAGUACCGCACGACGCGCGAGAGGGUGCUACAGCAGCUGGAAAAGAGAGCCAACCAUCGCGAGAGAAAUAAGACCAGAGGAAAGAUGAUCAUUGACGUGGGCAACUACGCGAGCAAGGGCGAGCACACGGCGGACAGCGCGCUCAAGGAACUGCUGAAGAGCGAUGCCGACAGAGACCUGAUGGACUCGCGACGCAAACCGGCCAUGCGUCCGCGCAACGGAACAACUGCGCCGGAGGACGAGAUAAUCGAGAGCCUCGUGCUCUCCGCCACCACCAACCGACGGCCGUUGACGAGGGAACGGCGCCGGAACCGACUCGCGGACAGGAAGAGCUUAAACAGGACUCUAGACGGGCACUAGUCGAGGUCCGGCAAGCGGAGCAGCGCCGGGUCGCGCAGGAAUUCAACAAAGAUAGUCACACUUACGCCUAAUUUAUAUUGAAUAAGUUUUUAUAUUGUAACUCGAAUCUCACCCUAAACACAACGUACGAUUAUGUUAAUUAUAUCUAAUUGUUAAAUAUUUCUGAUAAAUAAUGGACAUUGUAAUUUUUACACACACGUCGUCUAAUACGUUUUUGUACAUAAAUACGAAUAUCUAUCUAAAAUCAUUAUUAUAGGAGACUAAUUAGCUUUCAUAAAUCCAUCCAAGCAAUUAACUUAUUCUUUCUUUCAAGUAAUGUUUUUUUUUUUAUUAUUGCCUCCGCGAUCUCUUCCUAAAUAUUUUAUAAAUUAAGUAAAAUUUUACGGAAAUGACGUGGUCCUCGUUCUUUUAUGCCAUGUACAGUUUGCAGCUUUUAAUUUAGGAGUCGCUUGAGUGUUGCCUUCGAAAUGUCAGUGCAAAUGAGAAAUUAAUAUAAAAUGUUAAAACUCCGUAGUGCGCUGCGAACUGUGACUACAGUAAUUGACUAUUUACCGCGCGGCGCGUCCACGUCAGGACAGAACCUGUCAAUGACCAAGAGCCUGUCAUCAAGGACUUCUUCUUUCUAUUUUUCGUAAUAUUUCACAAAUUUCGUUUAAACUUUCAAGGUGGCAGGUGCUUUCCCGUCUAUUUGUAUGUAUUCGUCAUUAGUUAAGCAACUGCAAUAAAUAUAAGACUUUCAACUGUGUUAAGACAAUCUGUAUGUUGUGUUUUCAUUAUUCCUCUGUGUAUUUAUUAUAAAUGUAAAUAUAUGUGUAAAUAACAAUG